GUCUUCCAUGCUGUGCUUGCAGACUCGGCCGGAGAAAGCGAGCAACUCCCACGACCGGUCGGCUCAGUCCACUGCUGCUGCUGCUGCUGCUGCUAGAGGAGGGAAGGGAGGCUCUGUGAGGGGCGCACACACACUUAAUCACUCACACACACUCAAUAGAGUCUGUGCUGCAUCAAGAGGCAGAAGAGGAGAGCGGAGGAGGGUACAGAGAGACACACAGACUGGGAAUACUCCAGUGGACAGGAUUUGUUGGGAGACUCAUGUGCUAAUAUGCUGCCGAGCUCUGCAGGGGAAGCUGAGCACUGGGGAGUUUGACAGGAUCUCAGUACACCUGCUCCAUGCACACUGAUUAUGUGGAGGAGCUAAUGUGUGCGAUGGCCAGCCCGGACCUGCAGGUUCUCAUACGCAUGGUUCUGUGUUAUCGUUACCUCCCUACCAGGCAGCCCAGCCCACGGAUUUGACCGCUCCUCCCCUCCCUUGCCCUGGGUGCCCCUCAAUCCCAGGCUCACCAUGGGAGGAUGCUUUUCCAAAACCAAACCAGUUGAAGUUAAAGUGGAACUCUCCCUCCUGGAAAAAGAAAAAGAGGUGGACGGACUCUCACCUAAUGGCAAGGCGAGUCCCUUUGCUGACUGCAGACCAAACGGGGCCCUGGGACACAGCUCUGACGAGGACCCCACUGCGCUCCCCCUUUAUCACAAACCACGGGACUAUGUGGAGGUUUCUGUCUGUCACGUUAAGGACCUGGAAAAUGGACAGAUGCGGGAGGUUGAUUUGGGAUGUGGCAGGGCUUUGUUGAUUAAAGAGCAUGGUGAGUUCUCAGCCAUGGGCCACAAAUGUCCACACUAUGGAGCACCACUUGUCAAAGGUGUGCUGUCAAAAGGCCAUGUGCGCUGUCCCUGGCAUGGUGCGUGUUUCAACAUUGCAACAGGUGACAUUGAGGACUUCCCUGGACUGGACAGCCUGCCUACCUUCCAGGUCAGGGUUGAAAAGGAAAAAGUGAUCAUUCGUGCAAACAAGCAGGCUCUCCAGUCACAGAGAAGAUCAAAGCCCAUGGCUCGAUGCUCAGCAGUCAUUAACUCCAACACAGGCUUCAGCCAUGUGCUCAUCAUCGGCUCAGGACCAGCAGGUCUGGUGUGUGCUGAGACACUGAGGCAAGAGGGCUUCACAGAUCGCAUUGUCAUGUGCACCAUGGACAGACAUCCUCCAUAUGACAGGCCUAAACUGAGUAAGUCCUUAGAAAGCACAGCAGAGCAGCUGAGACUGCGCUCGAUGAGCUUCCUACAAGACCACGAUAUUGAGCUGCUCACAGAGAAAGAGGCUGUUGCAGUAGAUGUGAAAACGCGAUCUGUGACUUUUGAAGAUGGUUUGAGGAUGGAGUACAGGAAGCUCUUUAUUGCUACAGGAAGCAAACCAAAACCAAUGAACUACAAAGGUAAGGAAGUCAAGAACGUGUUUCACCUCAGGACGCCUGAGGAUGCCAACAGCAUAGCAAAGCUGGCCAACAACAAGAAUGCUGUGGUUGUGGGAACAUCCUUUGUUGGCAUGGAGGUGGCUGCAGCUCUAACAGACAAAGCCCACUCAGUCUCUGUCAUCGGGAUCGAGCCUGUCCCCUUUAAAAAAGCUCUAGGGGAAAGAGUAGGGAAAGCCAUAAUGAAGCUGUUUGAGGCAAACAGGGUGAAGUUCUACAUGCUGAACGAGGUGUCAGAGAUGAUUGGUCAUCAUGGACAGCUGAAAGAGGUGGUGCUGAAGAGUGGAAAAGUCCUGCGGGCAGACGUCUGUGUCAUUGGUGCAGGAAGUGUUCCUGCAACAGGUUUCCUGAAGCAGAGCGGAAUCCACAUGGACUCCAAGGGCUUCAUUACUGUUAAUAAGAUGAUGCAGACAAAUGCUGAUGGGGUUUUCGCAGGAGGUGAUGUAGUGAUUUUCCCAUUUCCACCACGGAACAAUAAGAAGGUGAACAUCCCUCACUGGCAGAUGGCUCAUGUACACGGAAGAGUGGCAGCACUCAGCAUGAUGGGAAGAGCCACUGAUAUCAAAACUGUGCCUUACUUCUGGUCCGCCAUGUUUGGGAAGACCAUACGCUAUGCAGGUUAUGGUGAUGGAUUUGAUGAUGUCAUUAUACAAGGGGAUCUGGAUGAACUGAGAUUUGUGGCGUUUUACACCAGGAGUGAGGAGGUGGUUGCUGUUGCCAGCAUGAACUAUGAUCCUAUUGUAUCCCGAGUGGCAGAGGUCUUAGGAUCUGGAAAGACGAUUAAGAAAAGAGACGUGGAGACUGGAGACAUCUCCUGGUUGAUUGACAAAGGAUCUUAAUGACUUUACCUCUCAAGGUCACAAGGACAGACCUGAAGUUCUCCUCCACAUAGACACUUAUGGUGCUGUGACACUGAGCAGCUAUACACGUCCUGGACAAAAACACUCCCAUAUAGUCACUGGGAAAAAAGGACUUUUGGAGCCACACUUCCCCAAGGACAACACUUUAACCGGCUUAUGUUCUUUAGAGACACUUUAGUGUUACAGAUAGAGCCAUACACUGUCUGGAAACACUACAUCACUGUGUCGGCUGGUCUUUACUGACAUUUUUAACAACUAAGCAAUACUGAAUUCAAAAUGUAUCUACCUGUACAAUUUGUUAAUAAGAAACCAGGGAGGGGCAUGGCAUUUUCCCUUUUGUACAAAUAACAUUGUAUAUAGCUGUAAUCCUGAAUGCACUGUAACAAAAAAAAGAGAAUACACUUUUUUAAGUCUUAUAUUACAGGUUUGGUUGGAUGCUUACUUACAGGCCUUAGAUCUGCAUGCAAUAAUUGACACAUACGCCCGAUAAGACAAUGAAGAAUUUGAACAAAUAAGGCCCUUUACUGAGAGUUUUAAAUGUAGAGAUGCAUCAGAAAAGAAUAUAUGCGUAAAGACCUUCAUAAUGACUUGCAUCAUAAUCAUUAAUAAGGGUUUUACAGGCCCUAAACACACACAAGCACGCACACAUACAAAGCUUUAACACGGUCUCUAGAUUACAACGUACUGUUCCUCUUUGUAACAGCUGCCUUGUUCGUAGAUUGCACAAAUUUAAUGACAAUUAUUCUUUAAUCACAUUAUAGUGCUUGCACAAUAGAUCAUUGUAUUUUCUAACUCAUAGAUAUCCCCUUUAGAUAAAUCCUACAAGUGCUUGAGGUUAUAUUUCAUAGCAGGAAUAUUCUUUGUUACUAACUCAGGGAACUGAGGCUUGUGGUUUGGGCUAACUGGUCAUUUUGGCAACUAAAGAAGAGUUUGUUGCAAUAAUUUGUUUUCCUCCAGUUGUUGUAAUUUCACAGACACAUUCAAUUUCAUUCAGAGCUGCUUGUAAUGUUUGUGCAGUGGAUGAAUGAUUACAUCCUGAUGCACUGAGGAUCCCAAGAUGCUUGAAACACGAAGCAAUUUUUAAAAACAAAACAAAAAAGAGAAGCCUGGAGCAACAUUUUUAAAAACUAAACCUUACAAUAAAAGUCUUCCAACAACAACUCACU